AUGCAAAAUGAAGGAAAAGGAAGAAAAAGAAAAAAUGUGUCUCUUAUUGUCACUUCUCCACAUGAAGUGUUACAAAGAAAGGAUGAAAAAAUUUUCAAUCCUAGUGGAAAAGAAGAAAAUAACGAAAAGGUAAUGGAGAAGAACCCACCCUCUUUCCCCCAAAAAAAAAGCAGAAUCGAUAAAGAAGAAAAAAAGAAAGAUAGUAACUUCUUAGUAAAUAUAUCUUAUGUGUAUCUUUUAAUAAAAUAUUUUUUUGACAAUAACAACGUCACCAUUUUAAAUGAAAGUUUUUACCUUCAAGAAAAUGUGCUAACUAUAACAGAAUCUCUAAUUGGACAUAUUCUAUGGGUAUACGAUAAAAAAAAAAAAAUACUAUAUGGAUCCAGAAUAACAGAAUUAGAAGCCUACAAUGGGAUUAAAGACAAAGCAUCACAUGCAUAUAAUAAUAAAAAAACAAAUAGAAAUAAAACCAUGUUUCAAAAGGGUGGAAUUAGUUAUGUUUACUUGUGCUAUGGGAUACACAACUGCCUGAACAUAGUUACCAACUACGAAAAUAUUCCAGAUGCUAUUCUAGUAAGAGCGCUUGAACCGAUUUACAACAUCGAGCAUUUCUUAUUUAACAGAUAUGAAACAAGUCCCCAUUCGUCCCUUCUGAAAAAAAGUGUUUCUCUUCGCAAGGGUGCAUGUAUCACCCGGGCAGACCGUGCGCAAGAGGAGGAAAAGGCAGAUACUAGCACAAUCGAAGGUGCUAACACUAUCGGUGCUGACACUAUCCGGGAUGACACUGUCCAAGGUGCACAUGUACGCACGAGGAGAAGGGGAAAAAAUAUGCAACACAGGAAUAAUUUCAUGAAUGAAGAGAAAAAGCAAAAUGCGAUUGACAAAUUAAAAGAAAAAUUUAAAACGAUAAAUAAAAAAAAAUUAGAAAAAGUAUGUAGUGGCCCAGGGUGUGUAACCAAAUGUUUAGGAAUCACCCGAGAAGACGAUAAGGCAAAUUUCUACGUAAAUCCACAUUUCCAUUCUAAUACAGAAACAGGGCCCAGUUUGACAAAGGGAGAACUACAUCUGGAUGAAUCCAACAUAAGGGAAUUCAACUUCCCACAUGAGGAGGAUACUGGUACCGAAACAGGUAGCAAUUAUCCAAGCGAUGAUGGUGAAAUAAAAAAAAAAAAAAAAAUUAAAAAUAAUCGCAAUAAUGUGAUGAAAAAAUCAGGUGAAAUGGAAUAUUCAGGAAUUGAAAAUGAAAAGAUAAAUCCAUAUCAUUACUUUUCUUGCAAUAUAAACGAUUUACAAAAAAAUAGAUUUUUUAUUAGCUUAUGUCCAACCAUAAAUGAGGUCAUAAAUUUUUACGAAACAUUAAUUUCAAAAAAGAAAGAAAAAGAAAACAUCAUACGAUGCAUUUACAGUGAAUAUAAGUUGCACUUAUUGAACUAUUUUGACCAUAUGAAAUGGAACAGGGAUACAAUAAUCAUACAAAGGGACAAACGAAUAGGAGUUGCUUAUGCUGAAGAGGCUGCAAUGUAUGAUUAUCGGUUUUUGUUAAAAAAUCAUCCGUCCAUUUCGGUUCACCCCAAGUGA